AUGGAGGUAAGUACUAUAGGCAGCAACAGCAGCAGCAGCAGCAGCAGCAACAGCAGCAGCAGCAGCAACAGAGGGGAGGAGGGGAGAAGCAGCAGACAUCAUGAACAUAAUUCAUCUAGGCAUUCAUUAGUAGAUGAACAAGAUAACAGUGCAGCAGCAGCAGCAGCAGCAGCAGCAGCAACUGAUGCUGCUGCAACAGGAACAGCAGCAGCAACUGAUGCUGCUGCUGCAGGAACAGCAGCAGCAGCGGCUGCACCUCCUGCUGCUGCUGCUGCUGAUGAGGAUGCAGAUCCUCCUCCUAUUGUAAUUCAUAUUCCUACAGAAGACACCAACAAUGGUGCUGCUGCUGCUGCUGCUGCUGCUGCUGCUGCACCGACAAACGGUGCAGCAGCACAUGAAGCAGCAGCAGCAGCAAAUGAUGCAGCAGCAACAGCACAUGAUGCAGCAACAACAGCAGCACAUGAUGCAGCAACAACAGCAGCACAUGAUGCAGCAGCAGCAACACACGAUGCAACAGCAGCAACACACGAAGCAGCAGCAGCAACAGCUGCAGAUGCAGCUACCAAUGGUGAUGAAAAGGCUCCAGUUGCUGCUGCUGCUGCUCCUGCUCCUGCUCCUUCUGCGCCUGAUCCUGCUGCUCCUGCUGCUGCUGCACCUGCAGCAGGCAGCAGCACUUCCGGGGACGUUGUUGUGCCUAUAGUGUCAUCUGCUGUUCCUCCAGCAGCAGCAGCAGCAAGAGAAGAAGAGGCAGCAGGAGAAGCAGCAGCAGCAGGAGAAGCAGCAGCAGCAAGAGAUGCUGCAGAUGCAAAACAACAAUCAACAGCAACAGCUGCAGAAGCAGCAAAAGAAGAAGCAGCAGCAGCAAACGGUGCAGCAGCAGCAGCAAAUGAUGCAGCAGCAGCAGCAAAAAAGGAGGCAGCAGCAAUAGAAGAAGAAGAAAAAGGAGCAGCAAAAGAGGCAAAAGAAGUAGCAGCAGCAGCAAAAGAUGCUGUAGAUAAAGAAACAGCAGCAACAGCAGCAACACAAAAAGCAGCAAGAGCAGCAGCUGCAACAGAAGCAGCAGCAGCAGCAGCAGCAGCAGCACAAGAACAAUUAACAACUACAACUGUCUGUACACCCGACGCAUGCAUUACAUUAUCUUCAGAAGACCCAACAAUGAAAACUGAUGCAGCAGCAGCAGCAGCAACAGCAGCAGCAGCAGCAGCAGCAGCAGCAACAGCAGCAGCAGCAGCAAAUAAUGAUUCACCUGUUUGA